GGAGUAAGUACUGUCGUAAAAUUGUAAGUAUGAUAGACUCAUAAAAAGCCACAGCCAACACAAGGCACUAAAAUAACCCAAUCGAUCAAGUCCUGUUUAACAGUCCAUGUCAGGCUGGCAAUUAUAUACAGUGAUCAAUUCAAUUCAAAAAGAAGAAAAGUAGCAAAAGGUAGUAGUACUUAGCAAGGAAGAAGAGAAACCAUCAUACCUGUAAAGCAGAGCAUAUUAAAAGUGAAGAGACAUGCCGAUUCUCCAAUUGUAUGCAACUUUCCAAACAUUCCCAUCAUUACUGCUUCCUCUUCUUUUUAUAAUCCUCCCACUCUUCUCGCCAAGAAUAAUUAACCAGGCUGUUUAGAUAACAAAAAAGAUGUCAGUUUCACCGGAUGCGAUGCCGGAAAAUUCCAUCAUCGAUUUCCGUGCACCGCCUCCAUCUCCGAUCGCCUCAGGACGGCGAUCCUGCGUCAGGAACGACCAAGUCCUAACGGAAUUUCUUCAAAAUUCACUCAGAGUACCAGACCUCGUACUUCCUGAUCGCGUUUUUCCAAGGCAAAAAUCCACUCUCAAUCCAGCCAAACUCGAUUUUCAGUCAUUAGCAUCGUUAAAUAAUGAUUCGGUUUCGAAGAUUAUGGAUUCGGUUGCCAAGAUUGGGUGCUUUGAGGUGGUUAAUCACGGAAUUACAGGGGAUUUGAUCAAGUCAGUUUUGUCUGUCGGGGAGGGUAUUUUUGGGAUUUCAAAUGAAGGAAAAGCGAAAUUGAUAAGGUCGUGUGAGAAGCCAUAUGGAUUUGAGGAGAUACAUGGAGAGGAGGAAAGAGAUAUGAGUGAGGAGUUUGUUUGGUGUAGAGGUGAUCAAAAUUUUAACAAGGAAAUGGAGGGAAUUUGGCCUCUUGGAUUUUCGAAUUUCAGUGAAAAGAUGGCAAUUUUUUUGGUUGGCAUGGAAGACAUAGCUGGGAAAAUCCUACAAUUCCUACAGCAGAACACGGCUAAAAAGUUAAUUCAUGAAAAUGAUGAGAUGCAUGAGCAAGGGGAUUUGCCAGCAACCUCUAUAUGUUAUCUACAUAAGCAUAAGGGAAGUAUAAAAGGAGAUGAAGAGUACAUGAACACCUUAAAAUACGAUGUGAUUAGAAUGUUGAUAAGAGGAUCUGAGUUUCCUCAUGCUUUGUGUUUGCAUGUUAGCAAUGGAUGCUCAGAGUUUCAUGUUUAUUCCAAGAAAGGUUGGGUGUCUUUUCAGCCUGAAAAAGAUUCCCUUAUAGUCACCAUUGGAGAUCUCUUACAGACAUGGAGUGGUGGACAACACAAGCAUGUGAUAGGAAGGCCUGUUUUUCAAGGUCAAAUAGAGGACUGCGUUUCCAUGGCUUUACUAAUUUCUCCUUCUAAGGUCACCAAAGACUCGACUAAGCACGCAAAGGAGAAGACCGUUUCAAUUGGGCAACAAAUCGUUAUUGCUAUAGCAUUUACGCUUAUUUACAAUUUCUUUAUUUAUAUCUAUAAGAAGUUUUGAAGAUUUUCUCUAGUGUCUGAUACAAGCAUAUACAUUGGUUGUGAAAUCAUAUUGGAGUCGUCGAUUUCAGUUUGCUUUUUGAUUUAUUUUUGUAUAAUUUCUUUUGUAAAAUUGUACAUGGUUUCGGAUAUGUUAAGUCAAAUAGAUGACUUUAAGCUUUUGAUCA